UAUUCCUGUCCUAUGAAUAUGCUGUGUUGCCAACAACGUCAGUCUGCCAGAUUCCCUGCGUCUCCUUUUUACACCAAGGUUAGAUAUAUUCUCAAAAGAAGACCUUGGAGACAAGAAUCGGGACUAUUCAGUAUAUUUAUAUUAUGUUUGUCCGUGCGCUUCACAUUUUACGUCGAAGGAAAUUGAACUAACGCACAAAGGGUCCUUAAAUUAUUAAGAAUUCUAGCUUCUCGCUUGCAGUUCUUCAUGAAAUGGUUCCCUCUCACCAGCCUUGAAACCGUUGAAGGAAUGAACGACAAUCUAUGUGGAUAUUUCAACUGGAAUUAGGCUUCUGCUAAAGUGAAGGUGACUUGUCGAAGAGAUGCAGAAAGGAAACGCAAGCGCUCACCCAGCACUCCUGCUAGUCAAAGGUUGCCCCCGAAAAGAGCUAUUUCCACAGUAGUGAUUUUAGUGCCACUCGCUUGCUGCUUUAAACACGAACGCAAACAAGAAAUACACGUUUUUCAUAUCACUGUUGUGUAGGUUUGAUUAGUGAAUGUGUAUGCAUGAGUUCUGCAUCGAAUGGGCGCAAAAAACGCCCCAGAUCUGCUGGAUCCAUUUUUCAAAUCAAAAAACCUCACUACACGGACCCAGAGCGCAGAGGAAGCACCGAAAGCGCCCCAAAAAAUCAGCGAGCACUGGAAGACUGUAGAAUGCUUGUCCAGGAGUUCAAUACCGUGGUGGCCCUAUACCGUGAACUGGUCAUUUCCAUUGGGGACGUCUCGGUUGAUUGUCCAUCUCUCCGUGCUGAAAUGAAUAAGACUCGAUCCAGAGGCUGCGAGAUGGCCCACACUGCACAUCAAAAUCUAUCAGUUAUUUCGGGCCCAGAAGAUGACGAAAUCCACCCUGAAAUCUGCAGACUUUACAUACAACUACAGUGCUGUCUGGAAAUGUACAUAACAGAAAUGCUGAAAUCUGCAUGUCUUUUAGGAUCUCUUCAACUUCAUCGAAAAGGAAAGGAAUCUUGUACUGUUCCCAAGCUUCUAGACUGUAAAGUGGAAGAGAGCUCUGAGAUCCCAAUAUUAGAAGACACUUCAUCCUCACCUGUAGAUUUCCAUCAGUAUUCCUGGCAGGUUUCCACUGAUAUUGAAAACACAGAAAGAGACAUGCGAGAAAUGAAAAACCUUCUAAGUAAACUCAGGGAGACUAUGCCUUUGCCAUUAAAAAAUCAAGAUGACAGUAGCCUCCUGAACCUGACUCCAUUCCCCCUGGCAAGGAGGAGGAAAAGGCGAUUCUUUGGACUGUGUUGUCUUGUGUCGAGCUAGGAAACUAAACUCCAAAACAAACUGCAAAACAGCUACUAGGAUCAAUUUAGCACAGCCAAUUAUAUAUUCCUUCAACUGAUUACUGCCAUUUCUAAUCUUUCUUUUCUGUUGUGAAGGCUGUCCAUUUUCUACUUUUAUUUUGUAAUAAAAAAAAUAUAUUGUUAAAGAAAUAAGUUCAUAUUGAAACAAUAGCUAUAUAUUUAAUCGAAUUUUGAUUAAGAUGCUUUAUAAAUUUGUUUUUUUUUUUCCAUUCUUUGUAGUUGGAGUGAUGUUAUUGCAUGGCUACGCAAUGUGUACAAAUGUGGAGUUGUCUUUUCUUCAGUCAUUCUAGAAGUAGUUACAUUGCUGCUGAAGCAAAUUAAUACCCUAUUAGAUCAGACCAGUAAAACUGAUGUAUGCUUCUAUCAUAGCCAAAAAUCCCUCACAUUCAUCCCAGUCACACACAUUGAAAAAAAAGGCUUAAAAAAGAUUAAACAGUUAACUAAUCUAAACAGUACACUAAAAAGCCACUUAUUUGUCCAUACCUAUAUCCUGAUCAUUGGGCCUGAUUCACAAAUGCUUUUUAAAUCAAUACUGUAUGCUUUAAUAUUCAUUAAACUGUUUCAGACUGAUGCUGGCUUGUACAGUAUAACAGCAACUGCCUAAAACAGUUACUUGAAUAUCAAACUAUAUUAUUAAUUUUAAAAAGUAUUUGGAAAAACAUGCUCAAAGUGCUGUGAAUAAGGCCAAAUUACUUAGUCUUCCUUAUACCGUACUCUGUGUUCAAUUAUUGUUUAGCAUUUUAAUAUAGUACAUGAAAUAAAACAACCUUUUUGCACAUAUAUGUAAAUCAAAAUGUUAAAUCCUGUAGAUUAUGUUAAACUCAUAUGCAUUAUAUUCCAGUUUUGUUUUAUUUUUUUGUUUUUUUAAUGGUUCUCCUUUUUAAUACUAUGAUUGAACAAAGCUGGUUAACUUAAGGUGGUAUAGAAUUUGUUAGACAGUUGAACAUUGUACUUGCUUAUGAAUAUAGUAUUAAAUGUUUUAGGGCAU